GAAGUUGCAUAUUCAUCAACUUUUGUCUAAAUAUAUUCAACUUUGUUAAAAAAAAUCAGGUUUUAUAUUUAUGAAUGAAUAUUUAAUUGUAUUGCGUUCUCAACCAAAAUAGGUUUUGCUUCAUCAUCAUUAGUUUCAUCCAACUCCAACACGCCAUUUCACAUGCCAUUUUUUAUAUUUUUUGUUUUAUUUUAAUUAUAAUUAGCAUUGUUUAAGUUUCCAAAUCUCUUUGCCUUCUUCAUUGUUUAUUCCCAUUCUCUUCUGUUACAAAGCAACACAACAAAGCGCAUAAAAAUGGCGAUUUCCACAACGGCGGCAAUUCCUAUCGUCGGUGAAACGUCGCCGCUUAACAAUUCCAAGCUCGCUCACUUCUCCUCUCUCCAGUUUUCCAGUGAGCUCCGUAUUUCCCAGUUUUCAAACCGUUGCCUGAAAUCUAAGCCCCGCCAUCCAACGCUUGCGCCGGUUGCAUCAAAGAAGCAGUCAUUCACUUCAUUUGAGGAGUUGUUGGAAAAUUCUGAUAAGCCAGUUUUGGUUGACUUCUAUGCUACUUGGUGUGGUCCUUGCCAAUUUAUGGUUCCCAUUCUUGAUCAAGUUGGUACUUCAAUGAAUGAUAAGAUCCAGAUUGUUAAAAUUGACACGGAGAAGUAUCCCAGCAUUGCAAACAAAUACAAAAUAGAAGCAUUGCCAACUUUCAUUUUGUUUAAGGAUGGAGAACCAUUCGAUCGCUUUGAAGGUGCAAUGGGCAAAGACAAGCUUGUUGAACGCAUAGAAGCUUCGCUAGAAGUUAAACAGUAGUGCCAGUUUGUGGAUUUAACGUGAUCUGAUAACAAUUGCAGAAGGUUAUAAAGGGAAAUGGCAGAAAGUGUUGUAACUUGUAAUGUGGCUAUGAUUAUUGAUUCUUCUAUUUAGCAUAUCAACCAAACCAGACAGAUUUUAAAUCAUGCAACUUGUUUGUUUUUGUUGCUCAAAUAUGUGUCAAGAAAAUGAAUUUCAUAUUCUUGUGAAUUGAAUUUUAUCAGAUGAUUGAUUAUGAAA